AUGUCAUUUUUGAAUAGUUUAACAGCAUUUCUCGACUCCGAAGAUAGUAUUAACGAAGUUAAAGAUUACCCCGAUUAUGAGAAUAUAGGGAAUAGUAGUAAAUCCAAUCAGACUAAAUCAAAAAGGAAAAUCUCAACGUCUAAUGGUACCUUCUUUCUCAACACUGGCAAUACAUUGCAGGACCAGCAAUUGCAAUAUUGCGAGGGAAUUAACCAUUUACCAGCUCCGUCUGCACGUUCAAUUGCGGCUCCAAUAGCCUCGACGGCUCUGGUGACCCCGGUAUCAAAAGUGAGGCAGCCUCUUUUGGACAAGACAAAUUUGAGUUCAUUCCGAUACAACGAAGAUUCAAUCGACAAGCAAAAACCUCUUUGGCGAAAACCGAAACAAUUUUCAAACACUAGACAAGUUUUUAAUAAGAGCAAGGUCAAACCGUAUAGCGAAGAAAUAGAUAAACUGGGAGACCAAGCACUUGUCAAAAGAGUAGACUCUGAUAAACUGGACUAUAAUAAGCGUCUCGAGGAUGUCAUUUAUACCAUCCUGAGUUCACCAUCGAGGGAAUUGACUCUUGACAACGCUCAUGCAAAAGCACAUUCAAAUACUCCAAUCUAUUUACAUCCACAUACCCAAAGUCCUAAAAACAAAUUUACCUUUACAUCCACUCGCGAAGCGGCUAAUGAUUUUAAUUAUCUGUUUACCAAAGAUUCAAGCCCUUCUUGUGUGCCAAAUAGAUUAGACACUAGUAUUUUACCUUCUCGUGAGCGCCAGGUUUUCCCAUUUGUGAAAUUUAACGCCAUGCAAUCAAAAUGUUUUCAAUGCGUUUAUGGUACUUCUUUCAAUUGCGUUUUGAGCUCCCCUACUGGUUCAGGUAAAACUGUAAUUUUUGAGCUUGCCAUAUUACGAGAAAUGAUUAGUUUACACGAUCAAGGGUGUACUAAUGGUGAUGAUGCCAAAGCUUUAUACCUCGCUCCUACUAAGGCACUUUGUAGCGAACGACAAGCUGACUGGUCCAAAAAGUUUGCUCCUUUAGGAUUAACUGUAGGGAUGUUGACUGGGGACACGUCUUAUAAAGAAACUGAUCACGUUCGCAAAUCCAAAAUUAUUAUAUCAACUCCGGAAAAAUGGGAUAUAAUUACGAGGAAAUGGAGAGAUUAUAAGAAGCUAUUUGGGUUAGUGAAGUUGCUUUUGGUAGAUGAAGUACACAUCCUAAAAGAAACAAGGGGUUCUACAUUAGAAGUGGUAAUCACGCGCAUGAAACGAAUUUGUGAGGGCAUGAGAAUCUUGGCAAUCUCAGCGACUGUUGCAAAUGCCUACGAUAUUUCCAAAUGGAUUGGACUAGGCGGAAAUGAUGAUUCAACCGCGUGUGGUGAGUUCGAUCAAUUGACUCGACUAGCUAACACGGCUGUGACGUUUAAUUUUGGAGAAGAAUAUCGUGCAGUCAAAUUGGAGCAGUUUGUGUGUGGAUUCAAACCUCAAAGCGAAAAUGAUUUUUCGUUUGAUGUUCUCCUUAACUCCAAGCUCAAUGAAAUAAUCAAUAAAUAUUCAAGGAAUAAGCCAGUGCUCAUAUUCUGCCCUACAAGAAACAGUUGUCAACAAACUGCCAAGUACUUGAAAGAAAAUCUUAAUAUCAAACUUUCAUAUAGUAACGAACUAAAACUCAAAGACCGUGAUCUUCAGGCCUGUGUUAAUAAAUUUGGGAUAGGCUAUCAUCAUGCAGGACUUGCACUAGCUGAUCGCAACCAAGUUGAAACGUCGUUUCUCAAUGGCAGAAUCAAAAUCUUGUGCUGUACAUCUACUCUUGCAGUAGGAAUCAAUUUUCCUGCAUACUUGGUUAUAAUCAAGGGCACUAGAUGUUGGUCGGAAAAUAGAUUUAAAGAGUAUCAAGAAACAGAUAUUUUACAAAUGAUUGGUAGAGCAGGUAGACCUCAAUUUGAGAACAAAGGUGUUGCUGUCGUUAUGACAAAUGCCAAGUUGAAGCAAAAAUAUGAGAAGGUGAUCAAUGGAACGGAAAAAGUUGAGAGCAGUUUGCACCUAUCAUUUCCUGAAAAUUUAGUGUCAGAGAUUGCAAUUGGAAAUGUACGCAGUUUAAAAGACGCUUUAAACUGGAUAAAGACUACUUAUUUCUAUGUCAGAUUCUUAGCAAACCCAAACUACUAUCACACCAUUCCUCAACCAAGUAUGAGUGCAGAGGAGAAUUUGCUAGCAUUCUGCAGAACAAACGCCCAAUCUUUGGUUUGUGAAAAAUUAAUCACAGAUGAAUACAAAUGCACACCUUAUGGAUUUUCAAUGACCAUGCACUACAUCAGUUUUGAAACCAUGAAACUGUUAAUAAAGGCUCGCAGUCAGUUAUCUAUUUCAGAACUAUUAGACUUAGUAUCUCAAUCGAAAGAGUUUGCAGAUAUCAAAUUGAAGCAUCAAGAAAAAAGAUUGUACAGGGAAAUCAACAAUUCACCUAUACUUCGUUAUCAAUCAAAUUCAACAAAUAUGACCCACCAUGACAAGGUUAAGCUUCUUAUUCAGUUUGAACUAGGGGGUUUAGAUUUCCCCAACUACAAUGGUGCGAUGAAACUACAUGCAAGUUUUUUGGGCGAUAAAUUCUUUGUUUUCAAACAUAUUUUGCGCAUCAUGACUGCGACUUUGGAUGUGUUUGUUGAAAGGAAAGACGCUGUUUCUUUGCGGAGUCUGAGUUAUUUGCUGCGUUGUCUUCACGGUAAAUGUUGGGAGGGUUCGCCUAACGAGCUUCGACAGCUUGAAGGUGUUGGUUCUGUUGCGGUGAAGAAAUUUGUCAAUCACAAUAUUUUAAGUUUGAAAGAUGCAAAAUGUUUGAGCAGCUCGCAAAUUGAAUAUUUUUUGAGCCUCAAAACUGGAGCUGGAAACAGGAUCAAGAAAUCGAUCAUGUUGAUUCCGUCCAUUUAUUUGCAGGUCGAAUUAUUAAAACUGUGCCUUGCACCGUCACGUACGGCGAUUGAUUGCACGUUCUUAAUUACAUUUGAAGUGCACUCAAUGUCAAGUAGCUGGCGAAAUCAGAUGAUGUAUGCACAGAUUAUAAGCGAGAUUGGAGGUACACUAUUGGAUUUCCGAAGGAUUCCAGUUCAAAAAUUAAUGGGGCCCCGAAAGUUUGAGCUUAGCCUGCGAAUUGAAAAGUUGUCUCAUGCAUUCAAUUGUCAGGUUUCUAUAGACUCUGUUGCCAGUGCUCAAGUUAGUCAAUCUCUCAAAAUUGAGCCACCCAUGGACAUCUUAAAAGGAUUCAUUGAAGUUAUUGACGAUUUUGAGUUUAGCCCACUGCUGCUGCUUCUGCCGCUGCUGCUGCCGCUGCCACUGCAGUUGGUGGUAGAAGAAGUAAAUGAAAACGAAAGUGGUAGUAAAGACAGAAUAGGAUAUACAAUGGGUUUGAAUAAAUCUGUAGCGUCGAAUGAUUUGAAAUUGGAUAAAGAUUGCCGAAAUAGAGAUGACUUUAGUGAAAAACAAGCAAAUGCAAGGAAAGACGGCUACUAUGGAUCAACCUUGAGAGUAUUGAGGUCGAAUGGGAACUAUGAGUGUAAUCAUAGUUGUAAGAACAAAUUAAGGUGUCGACAUAUAUGUUGUAAAGAAGGUAUUCCACCCAAUUGCUUCAAACAUAAGAAAACGGAAAUUGUUCCCAUGAAACAGGCACCUAGUACUAAUAGUUGCGAAAUGUUUGAAACUGCUUACAAAGAACACAUAAAAAAGGAAGAUGGGUUAUGUCGAAAUUCUGAUGAUCUUUAUCUGAAUUUAAAAUCCAACCGGGCCGCGAAUAAUCUUCUGGGUGUACUUAAAACCAAUGACAUGAUGCAUCCCAUAUUUUCUGGAAAGAAGGAGAAUGAGCCACUUAUACUCGGAUCUAGUUUUUUCUUGAGUAGCUCUCCCAAUGAAGCAUUAGUUGAUGCUCCAAAUGAAGCAACGAGUAGUAAACAAACGCAAACAAAUGUUGUUCGCAAAAAAUCUGAAACAAAAAAGAGAUCUAUAUUUGAUUUAAGUUCCACUCCAGACUUGGAACCAACAUCUCCAGCCUUUCAAAAGACUAUUUUUAGCCCGCAAAAGAGGGCGCGACAUUUCCUGUUUGAAGUCGGAGAUGACCACUCAGAAUCUCACAAGAGUACGAUAAUUAGAAAUAUAACAUCAUUUAAUGAUAAUGGUGGAGACAAGAAUAAAGAAGAUUCUCAAUACAAAUCUUUCAUUGGGAGCUCCGUCAAAAACGACAAAAUUGAAAAAAUUGAAAAAAUUGACAAAAUUGACAAAAUUGAAUCUAGUCAGAGAUCAAAGAGUUUGCUGUUUGCGGACUUUGAAACAGUUGAAGGCGUGACGAGUAAAUAA